CGAUAACGCGAUUCUGCUUUUGAGGUGUCUCGCUUUACCACGAAAAAAAAUAUGACGGUGUGCACAGAAUCUAGUCGUAUCUUCCUCGUCGAACUUACUCUGAGACCAUGGCUGAAGCGAUAGGGUUUUUGGCUGGGAAAUGAUUGGACCCAAGCGGGGCGUUCGUGCGGGGAAAGUCCGAGUCCGGGGAGUUUUGUGUUGGUAAAUCCUCAACUCCUUCCUCCAACCAUCUUUCCUCCGCCACUAUCGCCUCGUACUGCGGCAGCGUGAUACCUCAGAUCAGAUUUGAUCCAUGUCCGUCUCGACAGCCCCCAGGAGAGAGCCGCCCUAUCGGCCAUUUCAAUGUGUCAUCUGCCAGGCGCGGUUUAGUCGAGGCGAGAACCUCAAACGCCAUGCCGCUGUACAUAGCCGGUCCCAGGACAAAGCAGCGCUUGCUUGUCCGCUAUGCACGGUGACUUUUUCCCGCGCGGAUCUGCGAAGUCGACAUAUGAAGAGAAAACAUCCAGGAAAUGAAGACCAACGACAGCCUCCAAAGCGGCCACGACGACCGAUUGCCAAUCAAAGCAGUGAGAGGUGGACAGAGCGACCCGACGUUGAAGGCUCACUGUCCCCCGCAGAAAGUGAAGCGGAUGGAUUGUACCACUCACAGCAAGGAGGCUAUGACACGAUGGACUCACCAGGCGAUCCGCAUGCCAUUGACAGGAUAGUCCAGAGUGCGAGUAUACUAGAGCGGAAUCUACUUUUAGGGACCUCUCUGCUCGACAACUCCCAAGACUUCCAUGAUCCUCAUUUCCAAUCAACCACCACCACCACACACAACGAAUCCCAACAACCCUCUUUCGCCAAUCUCAGCAUCCCUCCCGAAAUCUCCAAUGCGUUACUGGUGACCGGUCUGACUCCACCUCAAGAAGAAACAUCCUUAUCUUCAUUUCAAGUUACACGAGGCUGCGAUCUGUUCUUUACGCAUGUUUCGCCUUUCCUCCCCUUUGUACAUCAAUCAACCUUCGACUUUGCUCAGGCAGCGCCUGAAUUGAUUCUUGGCAUGCUAUCUCUGGGUUAUCAAUACGGGGAAGAUCCCGAUUUGGGUGACAAAGAAGGAUCGGGCGCCAGCUUGUCUACACGCUGCUUCCAUCAAGCUCGAACCAUGCUUGCCUCGGCAGAGGCGAGUACGGAAGACUUUUCAUACAAUUUAGAAAUCGUCCAGUCUUACCUGCUUCUUCAAAUAUGUGCCAUGAUGUACCUCUGCGGUACGGAUUCGGCGUAUGGGCUGAAGAUGCAUUCCAACAUGAUUUCUCUCGCCCGGGCUAGCGGCAUAAUGCAGCCAAGACCGAAAGAGCUAUCCACAUCUACGGAUCUGGAAUCAUUAUGGCGAGAGUUUGUGCGAGCCGAGUCUCACAAGCGAACGGUUUUUGCUGUCCAUCAAAUCGACGCACUCUGGUAUCAGUUCCUGUCAAUUCCUCGCUCAAUCUCGCACCUGGAGAUCAAACAUGACCUGCCAUGUCCCGAUGGUCACUGGUCGGCUUCUUCCUCUGCUGAAUGGGCCCAUCGACGUCUGGUAGCGAACAGCUCUGGCGCUCUGGUACAAUACGCGGAUGCUGUUCGACGCUUCCUGACCCCCGAUUCAGAUCUGACCACUCUUCCUGACUUCGAUCCCUACGGCGCCAUCAACGUUGCGCAAUUUUUGAUCUCCAGCGCCCGCGAGAUAUCGGGCUGGUCCACGAUGACGGGAAUGCUUAGUAUGGAGCGAUUUGGAUGCUUGAAGAACUCGCUCACCACUCUCCUGCCGUUCAUAAAUCCCCAGGUCGAUCCCUCAAGAUUGACACAUGCUGCAAUGUGUAUGGCUACCUGGCAGACUGCUAUGCUCGAGCUCCAGAUGUGGUCGCCUUCGCAUACCGGAGGAAUCGUCGGAGGAACGAUGGACGCUAUGCUGAGUCAAUCGACUGCUCUGGCCCCUACGUAUGACUUCCUGUGUGAAGUUGACACUGCCAAAGCAAUUGAGCCCCAUAUUCAAUGGUUUCUGCGUUACCUGGAUGAAACACUUGUCCCAGACUCUGAAGCUCCGUGGAUCACAAUUUAUGCGUACAAGGCAUUCCUUAUUGCCUGGCAGCUUGUCUACGGUGGUGUUGCAGGCGCCAUGCAAGUCGUUGGCGUGGCCGAUGGAGAUGCCGCUGGAGCUUUAUCGUGGGCAAGAACUAUUUUCAAACGCAGAAGCCGCUGGAGAUUAGGCCAGAUGAUUCUUUCAUGUUUGAAUGAUCUUGAAGCUCAUAACGAUGACUGAGCUUGUGACACUACGUCUACUGUAUUAUUAUGAACUUUACAUCGCUUUGAAUAUCAAUUUCACUAUUUUAUAUAUGACUACUCUCUUGCGAGCUCCAUUGCUUCUGUGUCUCCGCAACCCGAGGCUAUUCGGUUUGAAAAACGUACAACAGAGUCCCGUAGUCUCAGUUUCGAACGACACUAGUCCCAU